AUGGCGAAGGAAGCGACUCAGAAGUCCGGCCUCGCCGUCGGCUUGAACAAGGGCCAUCAAGUCACCGCCAUCACCCCGAAGCCACGCAUCAGCCGCACCAAGGGCCACUUGAGCAAGCGCACUGCUUUCGUCCGCGAAAUCGUCAAGGAAGUCGCCGGUCUCGCACCCUACGAGCGCCGUGUCAUUGAAUUGCUGCGCAACUCAAAGGACAAGCGUGCCAGAAAGCUGGCGAAGAAGCGGCUCGGAACUUUCGGCCGUGCGAAGUCAAAGGUCGACGAACUGCAACGCGUCAUUGCCGAGUCGAGACGAACUGGUGCCCAUUAA